UCAUGGACUCUCCCAGGUGCACCCCCUGUGGAUGUACUCCGGGCCCUGAGGUUCCCUUCCCUCCCUGAUGGUGUCCGGAGGGCAAGAGGCAUCUGUCCAGCUGAUGUGGCCUACCGAGUGUCCCGACCUGCUCAGCUGAGCGCACCCACCCGCCAGCUCUUCCCAGGAGGUUUUCCCAAAGAUUUCUCUCUGUUGACUGUGGUCCGGACCCGCCCUGGCCUCCAGGCUCCCCUCCUGACUCUCUAUAGCGCCCAGGGCAUCAGGCAGCUGGGCCUGGAGCUUGGCCGACCUGUCCGCUUCCUGUAUGAGGACCAGACCGGCCGGCCUCGACCUCCAGCUCAGCCAAUCUUCAGAGGCCUCAACCUAGCAGAUGGCAAGUGGCACCGUGUAGGUGUGGCUGUGAAGGGCCAGUCUGUCACCCUCAUUGUUGACUGCAAGAAGCGAGUCACUCGGCCCCUCCCCCGAAGUGCUCGUCCAGUGUUGGACACCCGUGGAGUGAUCAUCUUUGGUGCCCGUAUCCUGGAUGAAGAAGUCUUUGAGGGUGAUGUCCAAGAGCUUGUCAUUGUUCCGGGGGUGCAAGCUGCCUAUGGAUCCUGUGAACAGAAGGAGCCAGAGUGUGAGGGGGACUGGAGGGAGAGACCUCAGAAACAACAGCCUCACAGAGCCCAGAGAUCUCCAAAGCAGCAACCAUCAAGACUUCAUAGGCCCCAAAACCAGGAACCCCAACGACAGCCCACUGAGUCUCUCCACUAUGACUACGAGCCCCUCUAUUACGAUGUGAUGACUGCGGGGACGACCCCUGACUACCAGCGGCCUCGGAGCCCCAAUCACAGGGCUCCCCCUUCCCCCAGGGGGCGUCGCACCCCACCCCGAAAGUCUACCCCACCUGCCAAGAGGUCAGCAUCCCGGCAGGCGUCCCCCUCAUCAGGCCGGAGACCCUCUCGAAUUGGAGGUUCUGGGCCAGCAUGGGGCCAGCCUCCCCACUCCCGACGCCCAGCUCGACGGGCAGCUCCCCCCACUGCCCGGGCCAGAGGCAGCAGUUACCGGCAGUACCCCACCCCAGGUGAAGAGGAAGGAAUCCUGGAGUCAAGCCCCUUGCCACCCCCUGAGGAGGAGCAGACAGAUCUCCAGGUCCCCUCCACAGCCGACAGGUUCCUGACAGAGGAAUAUGGGGAGGGUGGCACAGACCCCCCAGCAGGGCCCUACGAUUACACCUAUGGCUAUGGGGACGAUUAUCGUGAGGAGACGGACCUUGGCCCUGCCCUCUCUGCGGAGACAGCCCACUCAGGAGCCGCUGCCCGUGGACCCCGGGGGCUGAAGGGAGAGAAGGGUGAGCCUGCGGUGUUGGAACCUGGUAUGCUGGUGGAGGGGCCCCCCGGCCCAGAAGGCCCUGCGGGGUUGACGGGUCCUCCUGGCAUCCAGGGCAACCCAGGCCCAGUUGGAGACCCUGGCGAGAGGGGUCCUCCUGGCCGAGCAGGGCUCCCUGGAUCAGAUGGGGCCCCUGGCCCUCCUGGCACAUCCCUCAUGCUCCCAUUCCGGUUUGGCAGUGGUGGGGGUGACAAAGGCCCUGUGGUAGCCGCCCAGGAGGCUCAGGCCCAGGCGAUUCUGCAGCAGGCACGGCUGGCUCUCCGUGGACCCCCUGGACCCAUGGGAUACACAGGUCGCCCUGGACCCUUGGGACAACCUGGGAGCCCUGGCCUGAAAGGAGAAUCUGGAGACCUAGGACCUCAGGGCCCCAGAGGACCUCAGGGCCUCACAGGCCCUCCUGGCAAGGCUGGGCGAAGGGGCCGAGCCGGUGCUGAUGGAGCCCGAGGGAUGCCUGGAGAACCCGGAGUAAAGGGUGACCGAGGCUUUGAUGGACUCCCAGGGCUUCCUGGGGAGAAGGGACACAGGGGUGAUACUGGUGCCCAGGGCCUUCCUGGGCCCCCUGGAGAAGACGGAGAGCGGGGAGACGAUGGGGAGAUCGGGCCUCGGGGGCUGCCUGGAGAGUCGGUGAACCUCUGGGAAACCACACCACCCUCUGGGCUUGGGCCUGCCUCCCAACCUGCUCACACCCAUCUCAUAUUCCAGGGAGUCCGAGGCAUGGAUGGGCCCCAUGGUCCCAAAGGGAGCUUGGGACCCCAAGGAGAGCCAGGACCUCCAGGACAACAGGGCACUCCUGGGACCCAGGGUCUCCCUGGGCCUCAGGGUGCCAUCGGCCCUCAUGGAGAGAAGGGUCCUCGAGGGAAACCAGGGCUCCCUGGCAUGCCUGGCUCAGAUGGACUCCCGGGCCACCCCGGAAAGGAAGGUCCCCCUGGAACUAAAGGAAACCAGGGUCCAUCUGGACCUCAGGGGCCUCUAGGAUACCCGGGGCCGCGAGGUGUCAAGGGUGUGGAUGGAAUCCGGGGCCUGAAGGGUCAUAAGGGCGAAAAGGGCGACGAUGGCUUUCCCGGGUUCAAAGGUGACAUGGGUGUGAAAGGUGACAGGGGCGAGGUUGGAGUUCCCGGUUCCAGAGGAGAGGAUGGUCCCGAGGGGCCGAAGGGACGCACUGGACCCACUGGAGAUCCUGGCCCCACUGGGCUCCUGGGCGAGAAGGGCAAGCUGGGUGUUCCUGGCCUGCCAGGCUACCCGGGACGCCAGGGUCCCAAGGGCUCCCUCGGAUUUCCUGGUUUUCCUGGAGCCAGUGGAGAGAAGGGAGCCCGGGGCCUGUCUGGGAAAUCAGGGCCUCGGGGAGAGCGGGGCCCCACGGGUCCACGGGGUCAGCGGGGACCCCGAGGCGCCACUGGAAAGUCUGGAGCUAAGGGAACAUCAGGUGGUGAUGGCCCCCACGGGCCCCCCGGAGAAAGGGGCCUCCCUGGGCCUCAGGGCCCCAACGGAUUUCCUGGCCCUAAAGGACCUCCGGGCCCCCCUGGGAAGGACGGGCUGCCGGGACACCCGGGCCAGAGAGGAGAAGUGGGUUUCCAAGGGAAGACUGGCCCCCCUGGCCCCCCAGGGGUGGUGGGACCUCAGGGAGCGGCAGGAGAAACUGGGCCCAUGGGUGAGAGAGGUCACCCAGGCCCCCCAGGCCCCCCUGGAGAGCAGGGACUGACGGGAACAGCUGGAAAAGAAGGAACCAAGGGUGACCCUGGUCCUCCUGGGGCACCAGGGAAGGAUGGUCCCGCUGGGCUGAGGGGCUUCCCAGGAGAGAGAGGCCUCCCUGGCACUGCUGGUGGAGCCGGUUUGAAGGGAAACGAAGGUCCAGCCGGUCCCCCUGGCCCUGCAGGCUCCCCUGGGGAACGAGGUGCAGCGGGAUCUGGGGGACCCAUUGGCCCCCCAGGGCGCCCAGGACCUCAGGGUCCCCCCGGAGCAGCAGGAGAGAAAGGUGUCCCGGGUGAGAAGGGCCCCAUUGGUCCCACGGGCCGCGACGGGGUGCAGGGUCCUGUGGGGCUUCCUGGCCCUGCUGGACCCCCGGGAGUGGCAGGAGAGGAUGGAGACAAGGGUGAGGUGGGAGACCCUGGACAGAAGGGCACUAAAGGGAACAAGGGCGAACACGGCCCUCCUGGACCCCCUGGGCCCCUGGGUCCUGUGGGGCAGCCUGGAGCAGCGGGAGCAGAUGGGGAGCCCGGAGCCCGGGGACCCCAAGGACAUUUUGGAGCCAAAGGUGAUGAAGGAACAAGAGGAUUCAAUGGGCCCCCAGGACCCAUUGGCCUACAGGGUUUGCCAGGCCCCUCGGGGGAGAAGGGAGAAACAGGAGACGUGGGCCCUAUGGGACCACCUGGCCCCCCAGGACCUCGAGGCCCAGCUGGACCCAAUGGAGCUGAUGGUCCUCAAGGUCCCCCAGGAGGUGUCGGGAACCUGGGUCCCCCUGGAGAGAAGGGGGAGCCAGGAGAGUCAGGAUCUCCCGGGGUCCAGGGGGAGCCAGGAGUCAAGGGUCCACGCGGGGAGCGUGGGGAGAAAGGAGAGUCCGGGCAGCCGGGAGAGGCGGGACCGCCAGGGCCUAAAGGCCCCACCGGGGAUGAUGGCCCCAAAGGGAACCCUGGCCCUGUUGGUUUUCCUGGUGACCCUGGCCCUCCUGGGGAAGGUGGCCCUCGGGGCCAAGAUGGUGCAAAGGGUGACCGUGGAGAGGACGGCGAGCCAGGGCAGCCUGGAUCCCCUGGUCCCACUGGGGAGAAUGGACCCCCUGGACCACUUGGAAAGCGGGGUCCUGCUGGCACACCUGGUCCUGAGGGACGACAAGGAGAGAAGGGAGCCAAGGGGGAUCCUGGUGCUGUGGGUGCCCCGGGAAAGACAGGCCCCGUGGGUCCUGCAGGCCCAGCAGGAAAACCUGGUCCCGAUGGUCUGAGGGGCCUCCCAGGCUCAGUGGGCCAGCAAGGUCGUCCUGGAGCCACAGGUCAGGCCGGGCCCCCAGGCCCUGUGGGACCCCCAGGGCUUCCUGGCCUCCGUGGUGAUGCUGGGGCCAAGGGAGAGAAGGGUCACCCAGGUCUCAUUGGACUGAUCGGGCCCCCUGGAGAGCAGGGAGAGAAGGGUGACCGGGGACUUCCUGGCCCUCAGGGCUCCACUGGACAGAAGGGAGAGACGGGCAUCCCGGGAGCCUCUGGCCCCAUUGGCCCUGGAGGGCCCCCUGGCCUCACCGGACCUGCUGGACCCAAGGGCGCCAAAGGAGCCACAGGCCCAGCCGGACCAAAGGGAGAGAAGGGCGUCCAGGGCCCUCCAGGACACCCGGGCCCCCCGGGCGAGGUGAUCCAGCCCCUGCCCAUCCAGAUGCCCAAGAAGACUCGGCGCUCAGUGGACGGAAGCCGCGUGAUGCAGGAAGAUGAGGCCGUGCCAACUGAGGGGGCCCCGGGCAGUCCUGGGGGGCUGGAGGAGAUCUUUGGGUCACUGGAUUCCCUGCGGGAGGAGAUAGAGCAGAUGAGGCGGCCGACAGGGACCCAGGACAGCCCUGCUCGCACCUGCCAGGACCUGAAGCUCUGCCACCCAGAGCUGCCUGAUGGUGAAUACUGGGUGGACCCCAACCAGGGCUGCGCUCGGGACGCCUUCCGGGUGUUCUGCAACUUCACGGCGGGAGGGGAGACCUGUGUGCAGCCUCGGGAUGACGUCACGCAGUUCUCCUACGUGGACUCCGAGGGCUCCCCGGUGGGCGUUGUCCAGCUCACCUUCCUGCGGCUGCUCAGCGUCUCCGCGCACCAGGACGUCUCCUACCCGUGCUCCGGGGCGGCCCGGGAAGGGCCCCUGAAGCUCAGGGGGGCCAACGAGGACGAGCUGAGCCCCGACACCAGCCCCUACGUGAAGGAGUUCAGGGACGGCUGCCAGACACAGCAAGGCCGGAGGGUGCUAGAGGUGCGGACCCCUGUGCUGGAGCAGCUGCCAGUGCUGGAUGCCUCCUUCUCGGACCUGGGGGCCCCCCCGAGGCGGGGAGGGGUGCUGCUGGGGCCUGUCUGCUUCAUGGGCUAGGACCUUCUCGACCUGAACCUGUCAUUCGAAACCAGGCCCACCUGGCAUCCCACAGCAUCAGCUCCAUGCCAUCUCCCAAGAGGGCUCCUCACCAUCUGGGGGCCUUGGGCCAGGGCGCUGAGAGCCCCCAGUCGGGCAGACCAGAGGAAGGCUGAAGUGCGUGCCGGACCGCCCGAGGGGAGGGGUA